AUGGAUUCUUCAACUGUUACGUUCUUGGUCGUUCUUGCGGCUACUUUUGUGCUGGUUAAAUGGCUGCUGCAAGGAGAAUCUCAUCCCUCAGCACAACAACAAGUUUCUGCAACAGCCACCGGGUCUGCCACCGGUUCUGCCACCGGAUCGAGUUCUAGCAUUAGAGGCAGAAAUAGACGUUCGAAUGCUCCAAGAAGAUCCCGAAGACCGGUUACCGACGAUAUGAUUGAGGUGGUGCAGAGUCUAGCGCCUACUUUGCAUAUUGAACAGAUCAGACACAGCCUUGAACAAACAGGGUCGGUGGAGGAAACUGUGGAAAGGUUUCUAAGAGGUGAUGAAUUCGAGUUUCCUCAAGGCUACACGGCUCAAACACCAACCGAUACGCAUGCAGGUGGUGCUGGUGAAACCAGCGAAAGCUCGCGGAAUGCAGAUCCUCGCAAAAAAAGUAACAUCCGGCCUGACAAUCUUUUGACCAAAUACAACCUCGAUCCGGCCUCCGAAUUGAAGACCCAGAAUUACAACGAUAUGACCAUUGACGAACGCAAGCGUCAUCUGGUGCUCGAGGCAAGAAAGAACAUGGAAAAGCGUCUAGAAGAAGACCAGGAGCUGAAAGAGCUAGUAGCAUGA